AUGAGCCGACGCCGCUGCUGCCCCGCCGCCGUGAGGAGAGCCGCGCGGCCGGGAGGGAUCCUGCUGCUGCUGCUGCUGCUGCUGCUAUUGCCGAAGGCGGAUGCCGCCGCCCGCGCUGCUUCUUCGCCUUCGCCGCCGCCCGCCGCCUCCCCGCCGGCCCCGGGGCGCUGCGAGGCGGAGGCGGCGGACGUGGCCGGCGGCGGCGGCAGCAGAAAGGGAAGCGGAGGCGGAGCGGGUGGAGCGGCUUCUGCGGCUCCCUCCGACAGCCCGGCCUUGGGGACAGAUCCUUGCCAUUUACUGAGUCCACCAUGUUUCACUGAGGAAGAUAAAUACAGCCUGGAAGCUCUUCGCACAAUUCAUAAACAAAUGGAUGAUGACAAAGAUGGGGGCAUUGAAGUAGAUGAAAGUGACGAGUUUAUCAGAGAAGAUAUGAAAUAUAAAGACGCUUCCAAUAAGCACAACCAUCUACACCGGGAAGACAAACACAUCACCGUUGAAGAUCUGUGGAAACGCUGGAAAACAUCUGAAGUUCACAACUGGACACAGGAGGAGACUCUUCAGUGGUUGGUAGAAUUUGUUGAACUUCCUCAGUAUGAGAAGACUUUCAGAGAAAAUAACGUCAAAGGAACAACAUUGCCGAGGAUAGCAGUUAAUGAAGCCGCAUUUAUGAUCUCUCAGUUGAAAAUAAUUGAUCGGAGCCACCGGCAGAAACUACAACUGAAGGCCUUGGAUGUUGUCUUAUUUGGACCUCUCACACGACCGCCUCACAACUGGAUGAAAGAUUUCAUCCUCACCAUUUCUAUAGUGAUCGGCGUCGGGGGCUGCUGGUUUGCAUAUACUCAGAACAAGACUUCGAAAGAGCAUAUGACAAAAAUGAUGAAAGAUUUAGAAAGCCUUCAAACAGCAGAACAGAGUCUGUGCGAUUUGCAAGAGAGGCUUGAAAAAGCACAGGAGGAAAAUCGGACUGUUGCUGUGGAAAAGCAAAACCUGGAGCGCAAGAUGAUGGAUGAAAUCAGCGACGCAAAACGGGAAGCAUGUCGGCUGAGAGAGCUGAGGGAAGGAGCUGAAUGUGAACUCAGCAGGCUUAAAUAUGCAGAAGAGGAGCUGGUGCAGGUCCGCAUGGCCCUAAAAAAGGCCGAGAAGGAGUUUGAACUGAGAAGCAAUUGGUCUGUUCCUGAUGCGCUGCAGAAAUGGCUCCAGCUCACGCACGAAGUGGAAGUGCAGUACUACAACAUUAAGAGACAAAGUGCAGAAAUGCAGUUGGCAAUUGCCAAGGACGAGGCAGAAAAGAUUAAGAAAAAGAGAAGUACCGUCUUUGGGACAUUACAUGUUGCACACAGCUCUUCUCUCGAUGAAGUGGACCACAAGAUUCUGGAAGCAAAGAAAGCACUUUCUGAAUUAACCACUUGUUUGAGAGAGCGACUCUACCGAUGGCAGCAGAUUGAGAAGAUCUGUGGCUUUCAGAUAGCACAUAACUCAGGAUUACCAAGUCUGACUUCAUCACUUUACUCUGAUCAUAGUUGGGUGGUAAUGCCACGAGUUUCCAUCCCGCCGUAUCCAAUUGCCGGGGGUGUAGAUGACCUUGACGAAGACACUCCUCCCAUCGUUUCUCAGUUUCAUGGGUCCGUCAUGAAAACGAGCACCUUAGCAAGGAGCAGUAGCAUGUGUCGCUCCCGGCGAAGCGUCAUGCCGUCGUCUCCGCAGUCGCAACACACAGCACAAACACCGCAUCCUCCACAUGCCCAAGCUACUUUGCACUCUGCAGAUCCAGACAUCCUUUCUGUGUCCAGCUGCCCCGCUGCUUACCGUACAGAAGAGGAGGAAGAGGCAAUUUACUUCACUGCUGACAAGCAAUGGGAAGUACAAGACACAGUUUCUGAAUGUGACUCCUUAAAUUCUUCUGGAAGGAAACAAUCUCCUCCUUCGAGCCUUGAAAUAUAUCAACCUUUGUCACCUCAAAAAAUAUCACGGGAGGAACUCUCAAUGGAAGAGUCGUCUACUGGAGACUCUUCUUCCCUAACGGCCGAUAUUUCCAGGGGUUCCCCUGACUGUGUUGGCAUGACGGAAACUAAAAGUAUGAUCUUCAGUCCCGCAAACAAGGUGUACAACGGCAUUUUGGAGAAGUCGUGCAGCAUGAACCAGCUCUCCAGCAGCGCUCCCGUCCCCAAGCCUCGCCACACCUCUUGUUCCUCCACCAGCAGCGAAAGCAAAACAGGUCACGAAACCUCGGCUGUCCCUCGGAUAAGUAGCACCCCACAGGACCUCUGCCAGAACGGAGAGCGAAACAAAAAGGCGGCCUCCAAAAUAAAAAGCCUCUUUAAGAAGAAGUCAAAGUGAGGCUGCCGGAGGAAAAUGCGAGAUUGUGGCAUCACUAGACUUGUUGUUUUCUUUUUUUUCCUUUUUCUUUUUUAAAUUAAGAAUGUAGUUUUAUUUGUUUUCUGGGCUUGGAUGCCGCAGCAGGAAAACCUCUUAGGUCAAUUCCUCUUCUGUUUUAAAUGACUUUAUGGUAAAGUUGUGCCAGCUGUCAAUGAAAAUUUUUAAUUUCAAGACAGUUUACAGUCAUUUGUCUAUUUAUUUCUGCUUUUUUUAGUUUAUAUAAAAAUC